ACCUUCGAGGAAACGAGCAGCAUGUCUCGACCGACGGCACGAGAUAAUAACGCAAGAUUUCGAAAGAAUUGAUCACGACGGCGCGGGGAAUUGGGAAUUGCGUCCGACAGUGUUCGUGCGUUGAAGAUUCUAGCAUCGAGCUGGAGUCUAGCAUCGAGCUGCUGACGGAUGGAUCAUGUUUCGAUAGAGGAGACCGUGACGCGGCGGCUGGAGUUUGGCUGCCUCGGCGCUCGCGCUCAGAGGGUAUCAGCGUUCUCUCUCUGAUUCAUCGAUCUGCAUCGCGAGUGAGGGAGCCCGGAUCGAAUUUCGUAGCAAAUUUCUUUGCGGCGAGUUCCAUUCUGCAAACCUGGAAUCGUUGCUUUUGUUUGGUAUCAGAGAUCUUUUGUCGUCACGGCGCAUCACUAGCUGGAGUCAGUUUUCAGGCGGCUCGGGCUCGGGAUGAUGGUCAUGCCGAUGGCUGAUCCUGUUUGUUCCGUUGGGAGGCUAUCUUCGCUGGGCUUUGUCCCUCGUGUGUCUUCGAACGUGGUCAUCAAAAGGCUCUCUGCAACGUCCUGGACGCCCAGGUGUGCACUAGAUGUCAAAAUCAAGAUGGGCGAUUCCAAAUUCCAGCAUGAGUUGAAAGCAGCUGUUGAUGUGGUGGAGAGAGCUUGCAGAUUGUGUCUUUCGGUAAAAACUUCAUUGAACGAGACUGGUGGCAUGGUGGAGAAAAAUGAUGCCACCCCUGUAACAGUGGCUGAUUUUGGUGUGCAAGCACUAGUAAGCUUAGAGCUUGGUUUGUUAUUCCCUUCGAUACAGUUGGUUGGUGAAGAAGAUGCGGGGCAUUUACGGAAAGAUCUAGUGGAGGGAAUGAAAACCCCUGAGACGUCGAAAAGCCCUGCUUUAGUGGAUUUAGUGACGGAGGAGGUGGCAAGAGUUGCUUCCGAGAGAGUUUGUUCCUUAACCCCUGAGAAGGUUAUGGCUGCGAUCGACAGAGGUGGAAAGAAGUUGAAUUUUACAAACAGGCUGAAGAGUUCCUACUGGGUUCUUGAUCCAAUCGACGGAACUCGUGGCUUCCUCAGAGGUGGACAUGCCUUGUACGUGGUGGGACUCGCCUUGGUUGUUGAUGGCCAACUUGUGUUAGGAGUAAUGGGUUGUCCUAAUGUGUCGUACGUUGUGAAUGAGGGGGCUGUUCAUGGAACACCCAAGUUGCAGAUGGUAAGUGCCCAAGAUUUCAACAAACGUCCAAAUGGCACUCACUCUGCAGAUGUCCAAACAGGCCUGUUGAUGGCUUCAUGCACGGGCUGUGGUUGCUGGGUAAAACCAUUAUCAAGAAGACCAGUCAAGUCCGAGGAAAAGUUGACCAUGGAAGAUAUAUUCAAGGACAUGCUAGAGACAAAGGUGGACAACUGUAAGGUGUUGAAAAAAGCCAGAUUUUGCAUCUCCGAUCAUGAAGUGUGGAGAUCACUUCCUUUAGCUGUAGCUUUGGCUUCAGCUUCUUCUUCGGAAGACAGAGUAGCAGAGCAUGAGGCAGACAUUCUCCCACUUUGUUGCGGAAGCUUAUGCAAGUACUUCGCCAUUGCUUUUGGAGGUGCUUCACUGUUCAUACUCCAUCUUAACGAAGGGUCCUCAGUGAAGGUGUGGGAUCACGCGGCUGGCGUGAUAUGUGUAACUGAAGCGGGAGGCCAGGUUACCGACGUCAUCGGGACACCACUACAAGAGAUGAUUGGAACCGGUCAAGUGCUGUUCAAGCCUGAAGGAGGAGUUAUUGCCACCAAUGGAAGCUUGCGGGACAAAGUCCUCCAGCGUUUCGGACCCAUUAAAAGGAGAUCCUGAUGUGUGUUUUCUGAUGGGCAGCGUACACGAUGGAACAACUCAGUGAAAGUCAACUGCUUCAAGUGAAGAAGCUCCGAAGUGUGACCGAUCAAGAAAGCCAGUUUAGACCAUCUAGCGAAGAAAUUCCAAGCGGCUAUAUUUGACUGGAUUUGAUGUUGUUCUUCCUGUUCUCUUACUUCCUACCGCUGACGGAUCUCAAAGAGCAAAUUUUCAUCUCACGUUUGAUCUAUUCUGAUGAUGACUGUGUUAGUCACUGCAUUUAUGACGUUGAUAUCUCCUGAUGACUUCCUAAAAAAUUUCUUCGCUAAAAGAUGAGAAAUCCAGAGGUUGUGUAGUGGAAGAUAUUGUCGAAUGAAAUAGUAUCAGCCGAGAUGGUUCAUGACGAACUUGGCUUAUGUUAAUGUAUUGUCAUUAUCAAGAAAUGAUUUUCGUGCU